AUGGUUUCAACCAGUCUAAUCCUGCUGGUACUUCUGGUCCAAAGGCACCAUUCCUCCUUUGCCUCAAGUGAUUCUGCUGGUAAUUCAAAGUAUCUCAACGCAAAUAGCGACUUCCGGAUACCAAGCAUUAGCACGAAUUCAAAUCACGAUUAUUCGUUGCAUCUGAGCAAUCUUACUGCUAGAGCUGGUCCGGCUGUUCCAAUUUAUAAUACCUGCAGCACGCCUGGAUCCUUUUCACUCACUUUCGAUGAUGGACCAUCGCAAUUCAGUUCGAGAUUGGAUGCAAACUUAGCUGCGGCUAAUUUCAAAGCCAGUUAUUUCAUCAACGGAAAUAAUAUCGGCUGUAUUUAUGACUUCGCCGACCUCUUAAUUGAUAGGUUUGGAAAAGGGCACUUAAUUGCGAGCCAUACCUGGUCGCAUGUCCAUUUAAACCAGGGCAGUUACCAACAAAUUUCCCAGCAGCUGGAAUUACUCGAGAACGCUAUGAUAAAAAUCUUGGGAGUCAAGCCGCUAUAUUUUAGACCCCCUUUUGGCGAAUUCAACGACCUUGUGCUACAGGUUUUGCAAGACCGAGGCUACAAGGGAUUGAUUCUAUGGUCACAAGAUUCAAAGGAUAGUUUGGCGUCACCACCCAGCUCUUCUGAAAUAAUAGAGAGUUAUCGAUUUUAUCCCGAACAAACCAACGUAUUGAAUCACGAAACUACCGCGCUUAUGGUUGAUGAAGUCAUACCCGGUGUCGUCCCGAUUCUCAAGGAAAAAGGAUUCAACCUGCAAACGUCGCCUGAUUGCUUAGGUCUGGGGUCAAAUCCAAGUGAUUGGUAUGUUUCGGUUCAACAACCGGGAUCCAGGGAUGAAUCUUGGACUUGCAAUGGUACACCAACAUCUGAAAGCUACGUAUAA